UACGAAAUACACACUGAAUAUAAGAACAAACUGAAACAAUCAUUGAGGGUGAAAUUUGUGAAAGUUUUUAUGAAUUUUAAUAAUGAAACAAAUGAAGUGUCCACAACUUUUUCUAUUCGUCGUGUCGUUUUGUUUCCUAGGUGUUAGAUUCACAUGGGCACAAAGUUCCGCGGAUGUUGUUGCGCUGAAGACCCAGCUGUUUACAACCAACAGCUAUAACACCAAGGUCCGUCCCGUGACGGACUCGGACACCACCACUACCGUCACGCUGGACUACGCCCUCGUUGGUAUCAACUCGUUUAACGACGCGGACCAAAAACUCACCACAACCGGAUUCUUGACAAUCAAGUGGACAGACGAGAUGCUGACAUGGACGCCUGCAGACUACAACAAUAUCCAGUCGUUGCUCAUACCGCAGAAUGACGUUUGGCAGCCGGACGUCACGUUGGAUAACGGCAUGGACUCCAAACAAUCCCUCGGCCAAAAAUUUAUUCAGGUGCACAUAACGCACGAAGGCGCCGUCACGUGGAGCCCGUAUGAAGUGUUCGACACUUCAUGUACUGUACAAAUCGUCCAUUUCCCCUUCGACCGCCAGAUAUGUGACAUUCGCUUUAUAACCUGGAUGACCCACCAGACCGAAGUCAAUCUGAAUCUGGGAACACAGGGUUUCUACACGAGCAACUUUGAGAAGAACGGGAAAUGGGAUGUCGAAUCGAUGACGUCGUACACGGAGACCAGUGGAGGGAAGAGCGUGGUCGGCUUCCGGCUAACACUGAAUAGGCGUUCAUCGUUUUACGUCUUGUUCUUAAUCCUACCAGCUAUCUUAUUGUCAAUUCUCAACGCGUUCGUGUUUGUCCUUCCGGCAGGAUCGGGUGAAAAGGUUGGGUAUUCUUUGGCCGUCUUCCUCUCCUAUGCCUUGUUUUAUACCAUCCUCAGCGAGUCGUUGCCAAAGAAUUCGGACGAAGUGUCAACAGUUGCCGCGUAUCUUUUCUUCAUGAUGUUUCUGUCGACUUUCGCGACGAUCAUCACCAUCGUUGAACUGAGAGUUUACAACAAGACUACCAGGGGUCGGCUUCCAAUGGGAGUGUUGAAAUUCGUCCGAUGCAUUCUACACCAAAAAUGCAUGUGCUGCGAGAAAACGGAGGACUUCCAGGAGGACUACCUUGAAGGCGAUUGGACAAGAGUUAUCGGGCCAUGGCUAGCAUGUGAUUGGAAGGAUUUCAUUGACGCACUGGACUUUGUACUGUUUUGGGUGUUUCUCAUCGGCACUAUUUUUGUAACUGCCCUUACACUGAUAUGUGCCUCCUCGCACGUAACCCUUAUUUGAGAACUAAAUUGUGUCAUUUUAAAGUAAUCGACAUCGUCUCUUAAAGUCAACAGUCAAAAACAGUUUCGAACAAAGACACGUUCUUAUGGUGGUGUGUUGUUAAAUAAUGGGACUUCAAAGACAUUGAACAAACUGGUAGUUUGCUAAUCCAUUCACCUUUUGCACAGAACCCUUUUUUCGCCCAUCUUUAGCUACUAUUCGGCCAUUUGAUUAUUUCAAUAAAUGUUAAGAAAUGCCGAUCAGCAUGACAAUGUUACAGCUCGAACACGACCAACUGUACUGCACAUGCAUAUAUAAUCCUUAUCAUUAUUACUUAUACUCAUAAUCAACUAAUCCAUAUUUUAUAUUUCACAAUACUUUUUCAUUUAUCAUGUUUCUGUUUGUGUAUGUUGUUAUGAAUACGAUCAAUCUUGUACACAUCUGUAUGAUCUAUAUGUUCUGUUCUGUAAAUGUCAAGCAUGGUAAGACAGGUGUACAGAGAAAACCAAGUCGCAGUGGACCUACUCAACUUGGCCAGUUUGGAAUUAACACGAGCUCAUCCCAUGAAUUAGUAAUUGAAGACUGACGUUUUAGGGAUGUUGAAAUUUCAGAACAUUUCUAUAUUGUGAUAUGAAUGUUAUUAGAGGAUUGCUAAUUACGAUGCAUCUGUGCACCAAAUUUAUACAGAUCAUAAAAUAAAUACCAUAGUUCAUUAAAAUCUAAAAAGUUAUAUAGUUCAUUAGAAUCUAAAAUUAAUCCCUUAUUCGAAAACAAGCAGGGUAUGUUAUCUAACAGAUGAAACAUUAUAUACAUAUUGAGUGCGACAGACUAUGCAUAAUUAUAUGUCUAAUCUAAUGAUCGAACAUUAUAGGGGUGGUUAUAUGUGUUAUAAUAGAGUUUCGACAAUUCAGUAUGUUCUCCUACUUGUACUUUGUUUGAAACAUUUCAAGUAUAUACCGCCAAAAAUAUUAACAUAGUAAUGUAUUUCACAUAAAGUGUUUAAUAGCGAUUCAUAUUUUGUUUGGAUGUUUUGCCUUUGUGCUGUCAGAGAGGGGACGAGCGAGCUGUUGAGCUCUAGCUCUCAACCCCACACGCACACGAACUAAUUUUAUAAGCCCGACUUAACGCUUUCAGUGUCCAUUUCAAGCCAAAGCCCUUACUUAAAUUGGUCAUUGGCGUUUAUUUGCAUCUUUAAAAUGUUUUAUUGUUUGGUCAAUAACACACUGUAAGUGGAUUCCAGCUGUUCCUGUAUAAGGCUAUACCAGUGUUAGCAACCUAGAUAUCGUAUUCGUAUAUAUAAGUAUUUAGUUUCUUUUAAACUUGCCCUCUAAACGGCUGGCUGUAGAUAUUUGUAUUGUAUGUUUGCAUAUUUAUAUAAUAUUAUUCCUAAAAAACGGUAUUUCUUUAAACAUG